AUGAAUUUUAUCAAACAUGAACUCGACUUCAUGACAGUUAUUCAGCAGCCUGGGCCUUUCAAGCGACAACGAAUCAUUGGAAAUGAAUGGUCAGUCAAAGUCGUUGAGGAUAUCCCAUUGUCGCUAUCCAUCAUUGAACUAGACAUGAUCUCAGUUUCGGAUAUGUUAAACACGGAUGCCUUUCAGGAACCGACGGAAAAUUUCUACAACUAUGAUUGCUGGGUCUUAACCAAAGGUCCCUAG